GAAUAAGGAAUUAAAUUACAAUUAUGGCUGUAAUUCAAUCAAAUUCUGGCCAACGAUCGUCCAAAUGUCCGGACGGAGGCUGGGGUUGGGUUGUCGUGUUCGCCAGUUUUAUGAUACAUGUGAUCGCUGAUGGAGUUACCUAUACUUUUGGCAUAUUUUACUACGAAAUACUUAAACACUAUAAAACCAGUAAUGCAAUGACUUCAUGGGUAGCAUCCAUUAUGACGGGAACUACAUAUUGUGUAGGUCCGAUAGCCAGUGCUUUGACAAAUAAAUAUGGCUGUAGAGCCGUUACUAUAGCCGGUGCUAUACUAUCGAGUGUCGGCUUUUUAUUAAGUUUGAUCGCACCCGACGUUAUCACACUUUACUUUACUAUAGGAAUCUGUACGGGAUUUGGCUUUGGGCUCAUGUAUUUGCCCGCAAUUGUCAGUGUUAGCUGUUAUUUUGAAAAGAAGAGAGCAUUUGCCACUGGAAUAGCUGUUUGCGGCUCAGGCAUUGGUAGCGCUAUAUUGGCGCCACUAAUUGAAUGGCUAAUUGUAAUCUAUGGGUGGAAGGGAGCGAUGCUUAUAGUGUCGGGACUGACAUUAAAUUGUUGUGUUUUUGGAGCACUUUUCCGCCCACUUGAAGAUAAUUAUGAAGAUAAUGACGAUAAAUGUGAAGAAAACGAUGUUAAAAGACCACUCAAAGAUGCGGUUCCCAAAUCAAUAUCAGCCAAUGAAGCUUUUAAGAUGAAACCAACGUUAGAGAUAAAUGUGACGACAAGUAUUGAAGAGGAGGAAGAAGAGCUGGAUAUGUGUCGCGAAAAAAAUGAUUAUUUAAAGAAUGAAUGCAUUAGUUUAGCCAAUAAUUUACACGAAUUUGUCGGUGAAAUGCGAUGUCCGACCAGACACUCAUUUUCGGUUAACAAAGUCAAUGAAAGUCUUAUAAACGAUAAUUUUAAUGAAAAUGGUAUACAAAACGCUACGAGUAUGAGUUCAGUUCAUGUUUACAAUACUGAAACAAGUGCUGCAAAAAACUCAGAGAGACGAAGAUCCUGUUCCUUAUCGCCGGGAGUUCUCUAUCGUAAAGACAUCUUUUAUAGCGGAAGUCUAAUAAAUAUACCGCACUAUAAAUCAAAUGCCGAUUUACAUCAAUCGUCUAAAAAGUCGUCGCAAACCAAACAGUGUUUACUCUUCCGUUGUCUUCAUUGUUCCCAAGAAAUGAUCGACACAUUCAACGAAAUGCUUGAUUUUACUUUAUUAAAGACCGCAAUAUUCUUGACAUUUGCGAUCUCUAAUUUCCUAACAAGUAUUGGUUUCUUUGUUCCGCACAUUUAUAUUAAAGAUAGAGUGGUCGGUCUCGGCAUAGCUUCACCAGAAGAGUCUGGAUUUUUUAUAUCUUUGAUAGGUAUCGCCAGUACUGUCGGCCGACUUGUGUUCGGCUAUCUGUCGGACCAUUCAUUUGUGAACCGUCUUUGGCUAUACAGUGGUAGUCUGACUGUAUGUGGUAUCGCAACAAUGUUCAGUUCAUUAGCCCGUUCCUACAAUUUAAUGACAAUCUAUUGCACAAUAUUUGGUAUUUCUUGUGGGACUUAUGUAAGCCUUACGUCAGUAAUUUUGGUCGAUUUAUUAGGAAUUGAAAAGUUGACCAAUGCUUUUGGUAUACUACUCCUGUUUCAAGGGGUCGCCUCCUUUAUUGGGCCUCCAAUUAUUGGUUGGUUAUAUGAUAUGUCUGGUUCAUAUGAUCCUGGUUUCUAUGUAGCCGGUUGUAUGAUAGCUAUGAGUGGAAUAAUGCUAUACUUUAUAGCAUUAGUGAAAUAUUUCAAGUCAUUGAAGAAAAGUUUUUCACUUUAA